AUCGGGGCUGGUCUCGUCUUCUAGUACACACGGUUGUAGGGGCUGCUUCUUUCGCGACGCCAUUUUUGUUGUUGAGGUAGUUGACGAAGGGAGAGCGACGGCAUGAGCCAAGUUGAAAGCCAACAGAAUGGCGAGAAUAGCGUCCUGUCGUGCAAACAGUGACUUGGAGUCACCCCAUCCUCCUCCCACCGAUGGCUGCUUCGCAACUUCAGCUCGCAAUCUCGAACGUGCUACGCUUUUGCGGAGACCACACUAACGAUACUGUACCAGCCCAUACAGCACAUUGGGAAUGCGGCAACGACAUCGUAGGCUGCUUUGCGCAACUCAAGUGGGGCAGUCAACUACAGCCGCAGCUGUCAUCACCUCCCACUCAUCGCUGGAAGUUAUCCUACCCUUCAUGGAGCAGCUUAGCGGAGCCCUUUCGAACGGCCUUCGUUGCUCCAAAAGAUGCAGAUCCAAGACGAGGCGUCACUUCGCCUCUUCGAGUCGAAAUUCGACGUGCUGGCCUCACCAGCAGAGGGACAAGAUCCAAUGACUCCAGCUCUGCGAUCGCCUUUCACUCUUCAACUCGCUUCAUUGUGCUCAAGUCUUCAUUCCAACCUCUCACAAUGAAGCAAGUUCGCAAACACGUUCAGAAAUUCGCCAGCGGUCGAGCGUCGGGCUACGGUGCUGCAUACACUUUCCCCGUCUUCCUCACCGUCGCUUCCAUCUCGUUAUGGGUCAAUGCGACUCACUUGCAAUGGCUCGGACUCAACCACGUCUUCAUCCUGAUCAAACUGGUGUUGCUACUGGGAGUUCACGAACUCCUUCGACCUUUCUGUCUCUCGUUCAGAGACGUCUGCACCUUGACCGGUCAUGUCAGUGCAGCGGCCAAUGCUGCCGUACUGCAGUUCAUCAAGCGGGGAUGUCACCCCAAGUUCCCAGAGUGGACGCUAUGGUACGAGUGGUUCCAGGCCAUCGCGUUCGCUGCAGGCCAACGCAACGGCAGCCACAUCCUUAAGUUGCCCAACGCGUUGGCGUUCCGACGCAACUUCGAACUCGUCGGACGGCUACUAGGGGCCUUUGCGUGUUGGCGUCACGGCCACAAGCUCGAGAGCUUCCGAUACAACGGACUGGAGCAUCUAUGGCUACGCUCUAGAGGUGGGAGCAACAACGAGAGACGGAUCGUAGUGCUGUACUACCAUGGAGGGGGCUACGCACUCUUCAGUCCUCGCUUCUUCGUCGAGUUCACCAGUCGUCUACUAUCUCAGGUGCAAAGCCAACUUCGAGCUGCUUGGGGUGGCACUGAGACUUCGAUGGACGUCCAGAUCUUACUGGCCAACUACCGUAAAUUACCCGAGGUCUGCUUCCCCACACCUCUGGAUGACGCCAUGGUCAUGUUCGACUACCUCGUUAAGCACGAGAAGAUGUCACCGGAGAACAUCAUCCUAGCUGGCGACAGCGCCGGUGGCGGUUUGGUUCUUGCAACGCUGUUGAGACUUCGUCGCGCUCAUCGAGAGAUGCCUCUUGCGGCGCUAUGCAACUGCCC